AUGAAGAAGAUUGAAAGCCAGGAAACAAGAUUCUUCAGGAUGUUUCAGACUUGUGUUAUGAUUGUGCUGCUGUUCUUCAAAGAGGAAGGUUCUAGUUUUAACUGGGAUGUCACUGUCAUGCUGUUUCAGGGGAUGGGAUUAGCACUGGUAGCAAGUGUAUCAGCAUGGAAAGAGAAGCCCUGCUUCAAUUCAAACAAGGUAUUGAGUUUGAUCAUUGUGGGUUGCUCACUUCUUGGGGGAGACCAUCAAGACUGCUGCAGAUGGCCCGGUAUUCGCUGCAGCAACCUUACUAGCAAUGUUAUCAUGCUUAGUCUUCAAGGUAAUGGUGUGAAUGAUGAUGAGUUUUGUCUACAAGGUAAGGUGGAUUCUUCCAUAUUUAAGCUUAAGCAUUUGAAAUAUUUGGACCUGAGCUGUAAUAAAUUUUCCCAGCCUAUUCCCAAAUACAUUGAUUCCCUCACCAAUUUAGAGCAUCUGAAUCUGUCAACUGCUGGCUUUACUGGUGAAAUUCCUCAGCAACUGGGAAAUCUUUCCAAAUUAGCAUAUCUUGAUCUCAGUUCUUAUGGCUAUUCUUUCUCUAACAGACUUACUGCUAAAAGCUUGCAAUGGCUUUCCGGUCUCAAAAUGUUGAGAGAAAUCCACCUUGGUGGAAGUGAUCUUAGUGAAGCCACAGACUGGUUCCAAGCCAUACACAAGAUUCCUUCUCUAAAGGUCCUUUACUUGGAUAACUGUCCCCAUCUUCCUAUACCAUUAUCACUUUCUUACAUCAAUACAUCAACCUCUCUUGUCGCCUUGAGCCUUUCUUCUAGCAUUUUCCAGGAUUCUUCUGUAUUCCAAUGGUUGUUCAACUUGAGUGUAAACGGUAACCAAUUUGAACAUCUUGACCUUUCUUCUAACGCUCUUUCAGGGCCUAUCCCAAGUGGAUUUGGGGACAUGCACUCCCUUUCAUAUCUUGACCUUUCUUCUAACUCAUUUUCAGGGCCUAUCCCUAUUGCAUUUGGGAACUUGCAAUCCCUUUCAUAUCUCUCCCUCUCUCAAAAUCAACUCGAAGGUUCAAUUCCCGACAACUUUUCCAACCUGACAUCUCUGCGAGUUCUCUCUCUCUCAAACAAUAAACUUCAUGGUCCCAUUUCGAAAAGCCUCCGCAAUUUGAGCAACUUGCAGAGACUCUACCUACCUUUUAAUAGUUUUGCAGAUGAUUUGUCCAGUGUCAUAAAAGCACUGUCAAGGAGUGCAAACAGGCCCAUUGUGGAAUACUUAGAUUUAAGGGCAAAUGAGUUCUGGGGUUCUGUUCCAGACAUGAUCAGCACCUUUUCUUUAAUGAGAGAAUUACAUCUUGAUGGGAACAAGUUGAAUGGCACAGUCAGUGAAGAUUUGGUAGUUCUCGAUGUUGGGUAUAAUUCACUAACUGGCUAUAUACCCUCAAAUAUCGGGGAUACUUUUGGAGCUCUUGGAAUUCUUAAUCUACGAGAGAACAAGUUUUACGGAAGGCUACCUGUAGGCCUUUGUCAACUGUCCAAUCUCCAAAUACUGGAUGUUGCUAGUAACCACAUAUCAGGUACAAUUCCAGAAUGCAUAUAUGAUCUUACUGCAAUGAUUUACGGGUCAAGCUACCUGUUGUCUAUGGAUGUCGUUGACCUCAAGGUCGGGGAAGUAGACACUCUUCCAUACGGAGAAUCUGCAACUAUUGAGUGGAAAAGAGAAGAAAGGAAAUUUGAUAAGUCCGUGGAGCUGUAUAUAUUAAUCGAUCUCUCCCAUAACGAGCUGGAAGGGGAAAUACCUGAUGGAAUUACAAGUCUUAAAGGGUUAAUCUCCAUUGACUUGUCAAGAAACAAAUUACAUGGAACCAUUCCGUACAAUAUUAGUCAGUUGACAUUGUUAGAGUUUUUCGAUUUAUCAAACAACCACCUCUCUGUAGAUAUACCUGUAAGCCUUGCGCAGCUCACUUAUCUGGGAACCCUGAAUUUGUCAGACAAUAACUUUACAGGGAGAAUCCCACAUGGAACUCAGCUACAGAGUUUUGAUCCUUCAUCAUACAUGGGAAACCCAUCACUUUGUGGCGCACCACUUCAAGAAUGCCCCGGAGAUAAACAACCUCCUGUAAAGAUACCAAAUACAGAACAAGAACAUGAACAUAGCAUUGAUCGGUUUUAUCUAGGGUUGUACAUAAGCUUGGUGCUUGGAUUUAUUAUAGGCUUCUGGGGAGUUUGCGGCACUUUGGUCCUCAAACAAUCAUGGAGAUAUGCUUUUUUUCGGUUCUUCGAUGACAUGAAAGACAAGGUGUAUGUCAUGGUAGUUGUUAAUGUAGCUAGAGCUUGGAGGAAACCUUGA